UCAAAUUGUGGUUUCAUCUGAGAAAGUAUUUGACUUAAAAGUCUUGCAGCAAGGCAAUAAAAUCUUUAAAAAAAAUCGUAUUAUGUCAUAAUUUGACAUAUGUCAACAAAGGAAAACAAAUUUUACCAAUUCGUUAAAGAAAUCUGAAAAAGUAAAGUAGUGAGUUAAAUAAGAUUUAAUUAAGUAUUACAGCAAGAAACUUUGUAAUCCUAUUAAUUUUUAAGAACAAACAUCUCACAGUAAUUUAUUUGAAAAAGUAAUGUUAAGUAUAGGCCUGUAACGAGCGAAUAUUGUAACUUGACCAUGCACGAUGUUGGAGGGCCUAGUAGCUUGGGUAUUGAACAAUUACCUCGGGAAGUAUGUGGAGAACUUGAAUACGGAUCAGCUAAGCGUAGCCUUAUUGUCUGGCAAAGUAGAAUUAGAGAACCUACCCUUGAAGAAGGAUGCAUUGCGGCAUUUGGGUCUUCCGGUGGAGAUCAAGGCGGGAUUCAUUGGCAAGGUGCAGCUGCAGGUGCCAGUGCGCCAGAUCCGCUCUGCACCCUGGCUCAUUGCCAUUGAGAACCUUUACCUGGUUGCCGCACCAGUCAACCUAGAUGAGUGGGACAGCACGGUGGAGGCGCACAUCGCGCACGAGCGCAAGACUGCGCUGCUGGACGCGCUGGAGGCGCAGUGGCGCGCCGAGCACGAGGCGCGCGACGCCGGCUACUACGCCGCCUCCUACUCAACCUGGCUCAGCUACGGUACCGGUCUGCUCGCCAACAUCGUCGAGAACCUGCAGUUGAAGUUGACCGACGUGCAUAUCCGGUAUGAGGAUGCGGUGACGUGCGCGCCGCAGAGGUUCGCGUGCGGCCUCACGGUGCAGUCGCUAGCGGCGGAAUCGUGCGACGCGAACUGGGUGCGCGGCUUCACGCUGCUGGCCGACGCCGACUGCUCCUUCAAGCUGCUCGAGUUGCAGCAGCUCGCAGUGUACUGGGACCCCAUGCCGCCCGCCGCCGCGAUGGCCACCUGCACCCUCGCCGAAUUGACCGAGCGUAUGCGUGCGACGUGGCUGUGCGAGCACCGGUACCUGUCGGCGCCGGCGUCAGCGCGCGCCCGCGUGCGCCGCGAGCGCUGCGAGCAGCCGCUGCGCUCGCGCACGCGCCCGCGCCUCGCCUGCUACCUCACGCUGCCCAGCGUCCAGCUCGACCUCACCUCCAGACAGUAUAGCGAGGUGGUCGGCUGCGCGGUGGGGCUGGAGCGCAUCGCGCGGCUGCGGGAGUUCCGCGCGCUGCGGCCCGACGUGGCCGUGGUCGGACACGCGCGCGCCUGGUGGCUGUACGCGCUGCGCUGCCACGCGCCGCACCACCGCUGGAUGGAUCCGAAGCCGACGUGGGCGACGUGCGCGGAGCGGGCGCGGCGCACGCGUCAGUACGUCGACAUCUGCCUCGGCGUACUGAGCAACCCGGCCGCCACGCUGCCGCCGGACAGGAAGGCCAUCAAGGAUGAAUUCGAGUGGAACACUCCGCUCUCGGUGCUGAAGCCGCUGCGAGAGGUGGCGAUGCGCAAAGUGCCCAUUGCCACUCCGCCCUCGACGCCGGAGGACGCGCAGGCGAACUCGGGACGCAGCGUGCUGGUUCGCUGGUUCCCGUUGUGGUGGGGCUGGUAUGCCCCGGCGGGAGCCGUAGACGCGUCGGCCGGAGGGCCCGAACCGCCGCCGCAGCCCCAGCGGCCCCAGCAGCCGCAGCAGCCACAGGGCGCCGCACCGCAGCUCGAGGAGGAGAUCCUGGAUGUGAUCGCGGACUCGCUGGAGGACAACACGCUGCUGCGGCGGGACACCGUGUUCGGCCUCUUCGAGUUCACCCUCGAGCGCGGCUCCCUCAACCUGGCCACCGAGCCUGACGACCGACAUCAACUCCAGAGUUCGGCGAAGCCGGAGGGCGAGGCUGGCGGGGCGGGCGUGGAGCUGCAGUUCUCCAGCGUGUGCGUGCGCGUGGAGACGCGGCCGCGCACGAGCUCGCACGCGCUGCACGUGUCGCUGGGCGCCGUCUACCUGCGCGAGCGCAUCACGCCCGGCACGCUCUUCCCAGUGCUCGUCGCACCCCAGGGCAUGAUCCGGGAGGGGCUGAGCGCCAUGAACGCUGCGGCUAGCGCGGCGGCGUGGUGGCGCGCGCAGCAGCCGCCCACCACGCCCGCCGCCACCGCCACACCCGCCACACCCGCCGAGCCUCUCUUCCAGCUCUCCUACGAGAAACGCCCCUUCGGCCUCAACUGUGAUUACAAGCUGUGGGUGAAGUCGAUGUCGCUGGAGGUGGUGUACUGCGCGGCGGUGGCGCGAUGGGCGCAGCAGUUCGUGACGGCGCCGUGGGGGCCGCGCCGCACCAUCGCGCACGUGCGCGACCAGACGCGCGCGCGCCUCCUCACGCACUGGGAGCACAUGCUGCGCGCGCACCCGAUGUUCAUGACGCCGUGCUCGACGCCGCCGGGCAGCCUGCUGUCGCCCGCCUCGCCGCCCGACCCGCCGCCGGCGGCGCGCCUGCUGGACGCCGCCAACCUCCACAUCAGCCUGUACGACAGGUACAACAUCGAGCUGAGCGAGCUGCAGAUCCUGGUGGGGCGCGCUAAGGACAAUUGGAAGUAUGCCCACACCAAGACCACCUCGGCCCUGCACCUACUGGACCGGUUCAGCAUAUCGCUGCAGGCGGAGCGGCGCGUGGUGCACACGAGCGACCCGCAGUACCCCUCGGCCACGCUGUGCGGCUCGCUGCCCGCGCUCGUCGUGCAUCUCAGCGAGCACAAGCUGGCCGCCGUGCGCGCCGUCGCCGCCGGCUGCCGGCUGACCGACCUCGAGCGCGAGUCCCCGACCCAGGAGGGGAAAGACGAGGAGGAGGAGGAGGAGGAGGACGAGACCAGCGUUAGCUCGGAAACGGAGCGCUCGGAGUUGUCGGCGAACAACAACGCUACUCUGUUCAUGCUGCAGUUCGCUAUCGACCAGAUGUCACUCGAGGUGCAGUCGCGCGGGCGCAGCAUCGCAGAGGUGCAAGUGUGCGGCGUGAAGGCGGCGCUGAGCGCGCGCCCCUGCGACCUGUCGCUCUCGCUGUCGGUGCACUCGCUGCUGCUGGUGGACGCGCUGCAAACCUACGGACCCGACUUCGAGCUGCUCGUCGCCAGUCACAAGCACGUCGGAAUGGACACCGCAUCGGGCAGCAUCCGCGGUUCGGAGCCCACGUCGCCGACGUCGCCCGCGUCUCCCGACAGCCGCGCCGCGCCCGCCCCGCCCACGCCGCGCGCGCUGCGCCACGCCCUGCGCUCGCUGCGCCGCGCCGCACCCGCUGCACCCGCUGCACCCGCUGCACCCAUCACAUCCGCCUCGCUCCCCGAUUCUGAGGAAUUAGGACAAAGAAGUCCGAUAACAAAUUGCAUGUCCGGCGAGGGGUGCGGCUUUGCCAACACGGAGUACACGUCGACCGCCUUUACGUGGCCCAUCGGCGGCGCUGGGGGUGCUGGUGGUGCGGGGGGCGCUGGGGGUGCGGCGGGCGCGGUGUGGGGCGGCGGCAACGGCUGGAGCGCGCCCGGCCUCGUCGACACCGAGGCUCUCAUCGCUGUCGAAAUAUGCCUCGUCAAAGGCGACAGCGAUUCCGAAGACCUGAGGAUCGCCAAUAUUUUAUUUAACAAUUUGGACGUUAUUGCGAACCAGGAGACGAUUGUGGAGCUGAUAGGGUUCGCACAUCGCGUACUGGGCCCGCGCGCGCCGCACGAGCCCCGCCCCGCGCCGCCUGCGCCGCGCGCUGCAGACGUGCCCGACGGCCCCGCCCCGCACGUCCCAGCCCACGAUGCCCCAGACGCGGAAGAUCUCCCGCAGCGCGCGGUGCGCACGGAGAUCACGUUCGACUUCCACCGGCUGGGCGUGCUGCUGCUGCGCGCGGCGGUGCUGGACGGCGCGCUCGUCGCCAGGAAGAUCGCCACCGCCACCGUCUGCGAGGCGCGCAUACAGGCCACCCUCGCGGCGCGCCGGCUGGAGGUGGGCGGGUCGCUGGGCGGCGUGCAGGUGGUGUCGCUGUGCGAGGGGGCGGGCCUGCACACGCGCGUGCUGGCCGCCGGACGCGCGCACGCACCGCGCGACUCGCACGAGUCCCACGCGCCUGACGACAAGGCGCAAGCUCUGCUCUUCACCAUCACGCGCGACCUUUUGCCCGGGGCCACCCCUGAUGCUACUGUGGUGGAGGCGUCGGUGUCGGUGCGGGUGGCGAGCGUGUGGUACACGCAGUCGGGCGCGCUGCUGCGCGAGCUGCAGUCCUGCCUCACCGAGUUCAAGCAGUACCUGGCCAACCUGGCGCGCUCCAUCCGCGCGGCAGCCGCGGACAUGGCCAUCGGCCUCGUGCACCCCAGCCCCCGGGGCGAGUCACUUUACGGCAAUCCGCGGCUGGCGCAGUCGGCGGAGGCGUGGGGGCGGCGCCGCACGACCUCCGCGGGCGCCACGCCCCCCGCACACGCCCCGCCCUCGCUCGACGAGCCCGACGUGCGCACCGACAUACUGCUCACCGUCAAUAUCGAGCUAGAGUCGCCGGUGGUGGUGGUGCCCCGAGCGGCGCACAGCACCCAGGUGUUCGUGGCGCACCUGGGCCGCAUGAGCCUCACCAACGAGCCCGGCGCGCCCCGGAACACGCAGUACACCGUCAGCGUGCGCGACAUCUCGCUCGCCUCGCUGGACGUGGGCGAGCGCCUGCGCCGGCAGCCGCUGUCUGCGGACAGCAUGAGUGCGGUGUACGACGUGUCCGGCGGCCGGCCCGUGCUGCACGACACCGCGCUGCAGCUGGCCCUGGACCUGCACGAGCGCGACCAUCUGCUGCACUGCGACGUCAGCGGCGCGAUAGUGGGCGCGCUGCAGGUCUCCGCCAGCCGAGAGCAGUACGAGCAGCUGUUGGACACUCUGCGCUGGGUCGCCGAUUCCUCACACCCCGACGUGCGCCCUCCGAGCCCCGCGCCCGCGCCCGCGCCCUCGCCCCCACCCCCACCGCCGCCCUCCGCCUCCGCUGCGCCCGACGCUCCACAUAACGACGCACACUCACAAAUGUGCAAAGCCAUGGAGAACGCGGAGUCGGCGGAGGGCGCGGUGCCGACCCUGGUGGAGCCAGCGGUGCCCACGUUGCGGCUGGACCCGCAGCUGCGCGCCGCCGUGCUGGCCGUGCCGCCCCCGCAGCGCGCGCCCGAGCAGCACGCGCCGCGCUCCCGCUCGCACGCUCCGCUCACCGUGUCGUUCGAGGUGUCGGAGCUGGCGGUGGAGCUGCGUGCGGACCUGGGCGGCGGCGAGCGCAGCCUGGUGGCGCUCAUCUUCCGCGAGUUCGCCCUCACUUAUCACCACCUGCGCCCGCACGAGACCGACUUGCAGGUGUCGCUGCACUCGGUGACGAUGGAGGACCUGACCAAGGAGCCGGAGUCACGGCACCGCGUGCUGCUGGCCUCGCACUCGCCGCCCGCGCCGCGCACCUCCCUCUUCCUGUCCAAGUCGUGCCCGGAGCUGCGCGCGAACGCAUCCGUGCUCGCCACGCCCCUUCACUACAUGAAGCCCCUCACGACCUCCCUGCCCGCCGCUAUCAAUAAGUCGGACGUCGCAAACACGGAGCCCGGUCGAGACAGAUCGGGCAAGUCGGAGAGCAAGUGCGGUGCGACCCCGCCGUGCUCGCCCGAGCCUCUGGAGCCGUUGGAGCCCCUGGAGCCGGUCGAGCAAGCGGACUCCUGCGACACGUUCAGGCUGUCAGGCGAGGCCGAGGCGGAGCAGCCGGCCGGGGACGACAACCUGGUGUGGCUCUCCGUGCACACGCGCGACCCCCAACACCCAAACUUUCAUGACAAAUUUGAUCAGGUAUCGAAGCAAACUAAGGUGGAGUUUAACUGCCUGAAGCUGGUGCUGAGCAUAGACAGCUGGGUAGCGGUGCUGGACUUCUUCGGCGUGGCCGGGGACGAGCCGGACCCGGGGCCCACGGCCGAGCCCUCCCGCUCAGGCGAUGCAGUCUGGAGCAAUGGUGAGAGCGCGACGCUGACGGAGACCGAGGUGCUGGUGCGCUCGCUGUCUGUGGUGGUGGUGGGCGCGCGCGGCGACGCGUGCCGGGCGCUCAUGUCGCGCGCGCACGUGCGCACGCGCAGCGGCCGCGGGGCGCGCCGCGUGCACGCCACGCUGGACGCGCUCGCGCUAGUCGACCUGGCGCCGCGCGCCGCGCCCUAUGCGCACAGGCUGCGCACGCGCGCCCGCCACGCGCUCGCCCUCGAUUAUAAAAGGCUGAGCGCGGCGGAGGCGGCGGCGGCUGAGCACGAGACGAGCCUGAGCGUGCGCAUGGGCCCGCUCACGUACGUGCACACGAAGCGCUUCGUGCUCGAGCUGCAGGCGUUCGCGCGCGACUUCAGCCUGCUGCGCCGUGUGAUCGCACAGGCGCGCAGAAAGGUGUCAUCUGCCGUGACGUCGACGCGCACGGACCGCAUGCGGCUGCGGCUGCGGUGCGCGGCGCCGCUCAUCGUGCUGCCGGUGUCGGGACGCAGCCGCGCCGCGCUGGCCGCGCAGCUGCACCUGCUGCACCUCGACAACUGCUUCCGCCGAGCCGGCGACCCGGACACCAUCAGCACUCUGGCCGACCCCGCUGCACUGGAGCGCGAGGUGCUGGACGUGCGCGAGGUGCGGCUGGAGGGCGUGACGCUGCGGUGCUGGGGGGCGGGGGCGGGGACGGGGGCAGGGCGUGCGGGCGCGCCUCUGUUGCCCGCCCCCGCAACCUUCGCGCUGCGCAUCGAGCACAACCUCAGCGACACACACAAUGUGCCCGAUACGAGCGUGCAGGGCACGCUGACCACGCUCGAGCUGGCGCUGGACGCGGCGCAGUACCGGCUGGUGCGGGGGGUGCUCACCCACAACCUCGGCGAGCCCUGCCUCGAUCUCCUGCCCCCCGCCGCGCCCCUACCGCAGGCCACGCCCGCUACGUAUUCUUCGAAUUCUACACACCAGGUGUGGACGACGUGGUCGCUGAAGCUGGACCUGCAGGACGUGCGCGUGCGGCUGACGGCGGCGGCCGGCCCGCUCGCUUGCAUCAACUUCAUCAAGUCGCGUCUGCUGCUCGAGACCUACUCCGACCUCGGCCAGGACGUCGACCUCGUGUCGCAGGAGAUCCUGGUGAGCGACGUGCGGUACGCCGAGGAGCCCGCCAACCGGCGCGGCAACGUGUUCAGCCACAUCGUGCAGCCUCUGCCCGACCACCGCCACAGCGUGCAGGCCGAGGUGCACGCCAGGAAGCGUCAAGAUUCUUCGGCGUAUACGAUCCUCAUUAACAACAUGCGCCUGAUGGCCAUCCUGGACUGGUGGGAGGCGGCCAACCAGUUCAUCAUGCAGGCGCCGCUGCCGCCCACCGACCCCGACCUCGCGCAUCUCGAGGAGGCGUGCGGGAUGUAUCCGGGCGACAAGGAGGGCGGGGCGCAGGGCGUGGCGGAGGCGGAGGCGGGGGCGGGGCCGGUGGAACUCAAGCUCAACGUAACGGACUCGCAACUCGUGCUGGUGGAGGACGCCUCAGUCUGGGACACCAACGCUGUUAUACUGAAAAGCACGACGGUGGUGCGGUACUCGUGGGGCGCGGCGCGGCCGGUGUCGUGCGAGCUGAGCGGCCUGGAGGUGUUCUCGUGCGUGCUGGGCCUGGAGGACGAGACGGCGCUCGCGAUCGUCGAGCCCGCAAACCUACACGCCUACCUCGACGCCAGCCGCCUCCUCCACGUGUCGAUGGGCAAGCUGAAUCUGCGGCUGUCGUACCACGACAUGCGCAUGUUCGCCGCCAUGCUGCAGUCGCUGCCGGCGCAGGCGCGCGCCGCUCUCUCGGGCAAUUCGGAGGAGGUCGAGGCUGCGGGGCAGCGCGACGCACCCGCCAACAGCGAGCACAUGCGGGCGGUGGACGGGGGCGCGGCCCCGCGGCUUCUGGCGGCGCGCUGGGCGCGGGCUGCGCGGGGCCCGCCCGCCGCGCCCCCGGACCCUCCGCCGGCUCAGCCCUCCGCCGUCUGGCCACUCGCCGCGAUUAAAGUGAGCGCCGAGUGCGCCACGCUGUGCGUCAUCGACGACUGCCUGGACUCCGACGUGCCGCUGCUCGAGGUCUCGCUGUCGGAUCUGCGUCUAGAUCAGGAUCUGCGUAAGGUGGAGGAGACGUUCCCGGACCCUGUGCUGGUGUCGACGCCGGCAGGGGAGGCGGGCGCGGCGGGCGUCGGGGGCGUGGCGGCGCAGUUGGGGGGAGGCGCGGGCGCGGGCGCGGGCGCGGGUCAGCUGCGCGCGCAACUCGCCAUCGAUUACUACAACCGCACGCUAUCCGCUUGGGAACCAGCACUCGAACCUUGGAGGUUUGAGACUACUUGGGAGUACACGCUGUCGUCGGCGCUGUCGCUGCGGCGGCUGCAGACGGAGGUGAGCAGCGCCGACACGCUGGAUGUGAACGUGACCUCCGCGCUGCUGGACCUCGCGCGGCUCGUGCGCGGCAAUUGGACCGCCGACUACUACGCCCUGCCCGCCGCGCUCCCCGCCCACACCGUCCACACCGCCCACACCGCCCACACCGCCCCCGCCAACAGCGCACACUGCCAGGGCGGGGGGAGCGAGGCGGGCGGCGGCAGCGCGGAAGCGUCCCCGAAGGGCAGCCCGGCGGGGCACCGGCGGCGAGCGCCCUUCGUGCCCUACGCGCUGCGCAAUCACACCGGGCACCGCCUCUGGUUCACCACGCUGCUCACCACCGCCGAACAGUUGCUAGAGUCGGAGGCGGAGUAUGGGGGCGGGGGCGUGGGCGGCGCCGGGGGCGUGUCCGCACCGGACGACUCGUGGGUGUCGGUGUCCGCGGGUGACACGGAGCCCUUCUCGUUCGGACUACGCCGCGGGCGUGCACGCUCGGCGCUGCACCGGGUGGCGCUGCGCCUGCCCGCCUGGAGCCCGCCGGAUCCCGUCCGGGUCGACCAAGUGGGCGUAUUCUUCCGGACCAUCACGCAUCAAAAGAGCUUUGCGGAGGCACGGCUGGUGCUGGAGGUGACGCUGGAGGGGUCAGCGCGCAAGCUGGUGACUGUGAGGUCGGCGUUGCAGCUCGUCAACCUGCUGCCGCACGCCGUGGAAGUCCGCGUCGACGCCGCGCCCACCACCGCCUCCUCGCCCUCCCCCUCCUCCGGGCUAUGGGGCGGGGCGCGGGCGGGCGAGGGCGUGUCCGCGCGCGCGGUGCAGGUGGCGGCGGGCGCGCGGUGGGCGGCGCCGCUGAGCGCACAUGCUGCGGCGCUGAGCGUGCGCCCGCUGCCGCCGCGCGCCCCGCACGCGCCCUCCCUGCCGGCCGCCCGCCUUGACUGGCGCGAAGUGCGCGCUCAGCACGACCUGCUGCACCGCGAGUGCCGCGCGCCGCCCUCUCACAUCUACAGGUUCUGCUGUGUGACUUUACGGGAGCGGUUCCCGGCGGGGCGCGGGCCGGUGGCGGGGCACACGCUGACGCUGGUGCCGGCGCUGCGCCUGGAGAACCUGCUGCCGCUCGAGCUGCAUUACCGCGCCGGCGACGUCACCGGCACGCUGCCGCCCGCUGACACCAGGCCCUUCCACGAGGUGAACGUGGAGGAGGGUGUCGAGGUGAGCGUAAAGCUGGAAGGGUUCGGAUGGUCGUCGCCGCUGAGCGUGGGAGGUGCGGGCGCGGGCUCGGCGGCCGCGGGCGCCUCCUUCGGCGCGCGACUCAAGCUGCGCGACCUGCGCGGCCGCAGACUGUACCUUAACGCCAGGGUUGGCGUCAAGAAGACGGACGGCAUUAAGGUGUCGAUCUCUGCGGCGUACUGGCUGGUGAACCGCACGGGGCUGCCGCUGGUGUUCCGCGCGGAGGGCGGCGCCAGCGAGGCGGCCGGUCAGUUCGCGGAGCACGAGCUGGCGCGCAUGGUGGCGCCGCUGCUCUUCUCCUUCGCGGACUCGGACGGCGGACCCACCAUCGCCGCACGCCUCGGCACCGGCAUCACCCCCAACCCUGAGUGGUGCUCGCCUUUCGGGCUGGGCCCGGGCGUGACGGUGAAGCGUCUGGAGGCGCGCGGCGGUGCUGUGGGCGUGGGCGAGGGCGGGGCGGGGGCGGGGCCGGCGAGCGAUCGAUCGUUCGCGGUGGGCGUGGCGGUGCGCGCGGGUCGCGGCCGCUACCGGCACACCAACAUCGUGACGCUGACGCCGCGCUACCAGCUGCACAACAACACCUCGCGCCAUCUGCAGUUCGCGCAGAAGUGCACCGCCACCACACUAAGCGACCCGGGCGCGGCGGCGACGCACGUGUCGGCGGUGGCGGGCUGCCACCUGCCGUGGCACUGGGCGCGGCGCGAGCGCGAGCAGCUGCUGUGCGCGCGCGUGCUGCACGACACCUCGCCUCGCCCGCGCACCGCCUGGUCCGGCGGCUUCCGCAUCGACAAGCCGCGCAGUCUGCACAUCGCCUGCAGGGAGAGCGGCGGGUCGUACGUGCUGGUGCGCGUGGAGGUGGUGUCGCAGGGCGGCACGCUGCUGGUGGUGCUGACGGACGCGGAGUGCGCGCCGCCGCCGCUGCGCAUCGACAACCACUCGCCCGUCGCCAUCAUGUUCCAUCAGGUGGGGUGCGCGGAGGAGUGCGUGGUGGGCGCGGGCGCGCGCGCGUGCUGGGCGCUCCCGGAGCCGGAGGGCGCGAGCUCGCUGGCGCUGCGCGCGCCGGGCGGGCCGCGGCUCGUGCUGCCGCUGGAGGCCGCCGCGCACACUCACCGUCUGCUCUAUCAGAACUUCCUGUACGUCGCUUUCCCCGCCACCAGCACCAGAGACGACGGCAUGUCCAGUGCGGGCAAGCAGAUAUCGACCGACGACGACAGCGUGUUGGUGCUGGAGGUGCCGGCGGGCAGCGCGCGCGUCGUGCUCGGCCGCAAGCGCUACGGGGACCGGUGUCAGCUGUGGAGGCGCGCGGCGGCCGGUCAGCUGGUGCACGAGGGCAGCUCGCCGCCGCAGCCCACCGACGCUGCGCUGCCCGACGACUCCGCGCUCUCGCCGCACGCUAUGGUGUUGGACAUAGAGGAGGCGGCGCCGCGGCCGGGCGUGGCGGCGGCGCUGGUGCUGCGGCGCGCGGACCCCCGGCGACGCUCGACGCAGUCUUGGCGCCUGUUGCCGUCGGGCCGCAUGGCCUGCGCGCACGCCAACCUUUGCGUGCAGCCGCACUCGCACGCCGCCCACGCCGGCCUCGUGCCGCUCGUGCCCGGUGCUCGGGUCGUGCUGGGCCUGCCGGGCGGGCGCGCGGACGGCGGCGUGCCUCCCUCGCAGGCCGUCAGCUGGCACUCGUUGCGACCCGGCUGCGGCCGCCUCGACGUCUCGCUCUGCGCCGCCGGACCCACGCGCCUCGUACGCAUACACGACCACGAAGAUCCGGAUUCGAGUCGUAUCGAAGGCGAUGGCGAGGACGAGGAGUGCGCGGCGGGGGUGACGGGCGGGCGCGGCGAGUGGGGGGUGCGCGUGUCGCUGGGCGGGCUGGGCGUGUCGCUGGUGGGUCGCGCGCCGCCCGCCGAGCUGGUAUACGCGCUGUUCUCGGGCGUGCGCCUCGAGCUGGCUCGCACGCCGCGCGCCGCUCUAGCCGCGCUCUCUGUCGACUCUCUACAAUGGGACAACCAGCUGGUGGGCGCGGCGAGCCCGCUGGUGUACGCGAGCGGGGGCGGCGCGGCGGGCGCGGCGCUGCACGCGGCGGCCGAGCUGAUGCCGGCUCCGGCUCUUCGCUACAACGCCUACUACUUCCGGCACCUGGUGGUCGCGCUGCGCCCCGUCUCCGUGCGCCUCGAGGAGAGGUUGAUCCUGGUGCUGUGGGCGUGGGCUGAGCAGUGGGGCGGCGACGCGCAGGCGGCCGAGCAGCCCGACGAGGUGGAGUACGAGACGCGGCGCGUGCUCACCGAGCUGACCGCGCUGCACGCCACGCGAUACUACUUCGCGCUCAUCAAGCUCAUCCCGGGACAGAUCCGGCUGUCGAUGUACACGGCUAGCAAGCUGGAGGCUGCGCUGAGCGCGCUGAAGCAGCGGCUGGGCCUGACACUGGUGCGCUUCGAGCACGCCGCGGUCGAGCUGGAGCCGUUCGUGCGCACGCACGUGUUCGACACGGCGGCCUGCCUCGCGCGCCACGCCCUGCAACACUUCAAGGACGAGCUCAAGUGGCAGGCGGCCAAGAUCCUAGGCUCGGUGGAUUUCCUGGGCAACCCGCUGGGCUUCAUGGCGGACGUGUCGGAAGGCGUGUCGGGUCUGCUGCUCGAGGGCAACGUGGGCGCGCUCGUCAAGAACGUCACGCACGGCAUCUCCAACUCGGCGGCCAAAGUCACAGAGUCCCUGGGCGACGGUCUGGAGCGCGUGGUGGGCGACGAGGCGCACGAGGAGACGCGGCGGCGCAUCCGCAGCGCGGCCGCCGGUGCACAUCUCGCAGCCGGCCUGCGCGGCCUCGGCCUCGGCCUGCUCGGUGGCAUGACUUCCCUGGUGAAGCACAGCUACGAGGGCGCGACGCAGGAGGGGCUGGGCGGCUUCGUGAGCGGCGUGGGUAAGGGCCUCGUGGGCACGGUCACUAAGCCAGUCAUCGGCGUGCUGGACCUGGCGGCGGCGGCGGCGGCGGCGGUGCGCGAGUCGAGCGCGCGUGCGGGCCGGGCGGCGCCGGCGCGCACUCGCGAGCCCCGCCCGGCGCCGCACGCGGCCGCGCUGACGCGCUACUGCCCGGCGGCGGCGCGCGGCGCUCAGCUGCUGCACGCGCUGGCGCCCCCGGCGUCGCCCGCCCUGGUGCACCCCGAGCGCUUCCUGGCGUACCGGCCGGUGCGCGGCCCGCCGCACGACAUCCGCGCCCUGCUCACCGACACGCACCUCCGGAUCUUCACCUGCAAACACGACGCGCCGCAAAUCGUCAUGGAGACCCAUCUCAGGUAUUAUGAUAAUAAACUAUCAUACUUGCAAAUUUACAAAUUUAAACGAGGACGACUGCUGAAUGUAUUCCUUGGUAUCGGUGCAGCAACCUGGUGUCAUGCACUGCGGUGUACGCGGAGGGCGCGCACCUGGUGGAGCUGUGCGUGCGCGGGGCGGGUGCGGGUGUGGGGGCGGGGCCUGGGGGCGGNNGGCGAGGCGGUGCGGCGGCCGCGCGUGCAGUGCGACAGCGGCGAGCUGGCAGUGUGGCUGGCGCGCUCGGCGGCGCACGCGCGUCAGCUGCACCGCGACCUGGCGCACACGCUGCUGCCGCACCCCGACCUCGGCUGACCCUCCCCCGAUACACUCGCAUCACACACACAAACUAAUACAGUUAACAUUACCUGCCAUGCGACAGUCAAAUCAUGUUGAAACGUUCAUGCCGGGACUAUUUACUUAUUGUCAUGAACAUUUUUAUUUACACUUAAGUUAAAGUAACGGUUGUUUGUAGCGGCGCAGCGGCUGAUCGCUUUUACGCUAGUACUGAUUCAACCAAAAAUAUUGUUAAUCAUUUAGCACAAAUUUUUAUAACUUAAUAUGUUUUCAUUUUAAUAUUUGUAACUUGUAUACUUAAUUUAUGUUAAAUUAAUGUAGUGAUUGUAAUAAAACGUGUAAGUUUCGAUUUAGUGCAUAGGCAAGAGCACAAGAAGACAAUCACAAGGCAGGUAUCUGCAGGCAGCUGCAUGGUUGAUGUUUGCGUGUAGAGGGGCGGCUGGUGAAGUUGUUGUCGACAUUUUUGCUAUUAACAAAUUUUUUAUCGAAGACAUUAUCCUAAGUUUGUCAUUAUUUAGUUUUACAUUCCAUUAAAGAUGAAGAAUAGAUUGUAACUGUAGAGAGGAUGUUGCCGCUCGGAGACAUACGACAAGUACGAACAAAGCAUAUGUUAUAACUUUAUGUGACGUCACAGCGUCAUUUAUAUGUAUCAUUAAUCAUAAAUAUAUAAGUCGCAUAUUUAUUGUUAAAAGUUGAGCACAAAGUGUGAGACGGGUAGGUGGGGGAGAGCUCCGCUGACAAUGCUGUUUCCUUUAUCUGUUUAUUGACAUUUUAAAGUAAUAUCAGUAGAAGUAAUUAGAGUCAGUACAUCUAUUAGAUAAAACGGAGUCUGUAGCAUUACCGUACAAAGUACCGACUCGAUCAAUAUUGACUUGGUUCUAAUUUGACAAAUGUUUAUGUAAACAUCGGUCACAUUGUAAAAUUUUAUUUAAAGCAAUACACAUCGUGAAAAAAGGUCUUUAUAAUAGUUUUUUGUAGUAUAAGUAACGAGUAGUAUAAGUGGGUUGUAGGUGUGAGGCUGUGCCGCUGCGACAAACUGCUUUAUAUUGUAGACUUACGUUUUGUUAAGACAUAGGUGUUGAUUAUUUAUAAUCUUUCUUAAAUAUUACUUAGUUUGUCAUUUAAAAUAUCUAUUUAUUUUAAUUUAAAGUACUUUUUACACGUGUACUUAGUACAAAAUGUAUAUACUUAAUUACAUUGAUCGUAUAAAUUAACUAAAGAUUUGGUCAAGUAUAAAGUUGUGUCAAAUAUUAAGUUCGAUACUUAUGUCGACUUAAAGCAAAGUAGUUGAUGGUGCGGUCAAAUGGUUUGGGACCUUUUUAAGUUGUCACUAUGUGAGAUUUGUCUGUUGCAGUUUUUCAGUUAAACUAUAUGUGAGAUGAUGCAGCAAUAAAUUAUUUUAAAUA